AAUAAUCCCAUCAGCACGCUAAUGAGGAUGAGUUUGUCCUCAUGUAAAAUCUAUACAAUUACAGGGUACGGAAUAGUAGGUUUGGAUGGGUUAACUGAAGUAAAGUGUGUCACUACGCAGUAUUGCUUAGUAAAAAAAAGUGUGUCAAUGUUCCACGCUGGGCGCCCCCGCAGGUGGAGUUCCGCGGAGCCUCGUGCUGGAACCGCCCUCGCAGUCCAUACGCCGCUCCUCCUCCUUUGAGCUGAGCUAAACUAAACCCGCUACGGCUCCGCAAGAGCAGGCCAAGACAAACGGAGGCAAGACACACGGGAGCCGGCCAAGAGCAAGAAGGCGGACAAGGUUGGCCAGAUAAAUAAAUAAAAGCUCCAGUAACAUAACACGAGAUCCGCGUUAAGAGAAGGACGGUGACCCGGCCUGUGGACUCGUACCUGACGGAUCACCUAGAACAGCCGGCAACGACGCCGUCUCGCAAAGGAAGCCUGAGCUGAAGAGGCGAGCUACGCAAGGGGACCACACGGGCUAUGCAAGAGCUAGCCUACGUAUAGGGGGAGAGUGCGACUGGAUGACCGGACAGAGGACGCCCUGCGUAUCUGCAUUGGGAAAGGUAGCCUACGUCGUCACAUCUGGAAAAGAAGAAAAACGGUAGGCUAUGAGAGAGCCUGCCAAGCCAUGCACUGCGAACGUCGGAUGCGGCAUGGCAACUGCCUAUCGUUUUUGGGGAGGAAUGCAUAAGUGACGAGCUGCCCUGCAGUGUGCUAUGGACGGGGAGAAUUCCAUCAUCGGAGUUCUUAGCAUUACACGACCUUUCGGGAGCUAAGUGUCCCGCGUGAAGACAUUAGUUAUUCUGGAUCUCAUGCCACCGACAUGGGAAAUGUAAACACUCGGUUUGGAUUUUAAACUCCGUGUGUGCUUCUCCUGUGGAAUUCGCUGGCAUGGAGUCCGUUGAAGCGGACCAGGAUGUGCCAGAACCCCCCAUUCACGGGAUCCAUGGACCCAAUCGAAUUCGGCCCUCCUCAUACCGGGCACUGCGCAGCGCCGUGUCCAGUCUCGCCCGCAUUGACGAUUUUUUCUGUGAGAAAAUCGGCUCCGGGUUCUUCUCCGAAGUAUUCAAGGUUCAGCACAGGAUCACAGGGCAGGUGAUGGCCCUGAAGAUGAACACGCUGGCCAGCAACAGAGCCAACAUGCUGAGGGAAGUGCAGCUAAUGAACAGGCUGUCCCACCCCAACAUACUCAGGUUUGUCGGGGUGUGUGUACACGAGGGACAGCUCCACGCUCUGACAGAGUACAUUAAUUGGGGGAACCUGGAGCAGCUGCUGGACAGCGAUAUGUACCUGUCGUGGGCGGUGAGGAUGAGCCUGUCUCUGGACAUCGCCCAGGGCCUGCAGUACCUGCACAGCAAGGGCAUCUUCCACAGGGACCUCACCUCCAAGAACUGCCUGAUCCGCUGCGAGAACGGCCUCUUCAGCGCGGUGGUGGGGGACUUUGGCCUGGCAGAGAAAAUUCCAGACUACAGUGAGGGAAUGGACAAACAGCCCCUGGCUGUCGUGGGCUCCCCCUACUGGAUGGCCCCGGAAGUGUUGAGAGGAGAGCUUUACAAUGAGAAGGUGGACGUCUUCGCCUACGGGAUCAUCCUGUGUGAGAUCAUCGCCCGGAUACAGGCCGACCCAGACUUCCUGCCCCGCACUGAGGACUUCGGUUUGGACGUGGUGGCGUUUCAGCACAUGAUCGGUGACUGCCCCUCCUCUUUCCUGGCCCUGGCUGUCACAUGCUGCAAUAUGUGUGCUGAGCAGAGGCCGUCUUUCACGGAGAUUGUGAGGGAACUGGAGGAGAAAGAGAGGGAGCGAGAGAGGGAGGAGAAGAAGGAGCUUGUCACUCAGGGAGAAUCGGGAACAGCGCCUGUUGCCCUUGACGACAGCCCCCACCGAAGGAGGUCCCUGUGCCUCCCCGGCGACCAGCGUCUCUCCCGGAGCAAGUCCGACAUGCUGCCCCCCAGCACGCCCCCGCUGGGGACCCCCGCCCGGGUCAACCCCUUCUCCCUGCGGGACGACCUGAACGGCGGCCGGAUCAAGCUCUUCGACACGCCCAGCAAGUCGGUCAUCUCCCUGACCUUCACCCUGCCCCCGCCGCCCGACCCCUGCGCCCCCGCCCAGGAGGGCGAGCUGCCCCGCGGGGGCCACCGCCGCUGCCAGUCCCUGCCCUGCACCCCCGAACUCAGCCGCAUCCCCGUCCUGUCCGCGGGGCUCCGGGGGGAGGGCGGCCCCAUGCGCGCUCUGCCCGACACGGACGCCGACAGCCUGGAGGAGGAGGAGGAGGAGGAGGAGGAGGAGCGGGACGAAGAGGAGGCGCGGGAGACGUCCAAGGGCCCGGACCUCCCGGCCGACGACUCGGGGCUGCCCCUGGACCUGGAGAUGGUGUCCCUGGAGGAGGAGGAGCGGGAGCGGCUGUGUCGGGCCGAGCCCAUGGACUGCACCAGCUCCCCCGACACACUAGAUGGCGCCGUCUCGGCCCCGCCGCGGCCCCGCCCCCCCCCGGCCGCCCUGCACAACGGCUGGGGCCCGCCCGUCUCCAACGGGCCGCCCUCCCUGCCCCCGCUGCCUCACCUGGACAACAACAACGGCGCGGUGGUGGUCAGCCGGCCCCUGGCCUGGGGCGGCAACGGGUACCACGCCCCCCCCGGGGCGCCCGCCCCCUUCCCCCUGCCCAACUCCGGCAGCGCCGCCCUGGAGCAGGACGAGGUCAUUUCCUGUCCGGGCUGCUGCCUGGCCGGGCUGAGCUUCCCGUCGAUGUGUCUGCGGGGGCCUCCCCGCAGGAACCCCCACCACCCCUACAAGAACCUGAACGGGGACGCGGCGCGGGGUCUGCUCUGCCGCGGCACCAAGGGCCUGGCGCCGGCCCCCGCCCCCCCCGAGCCCGGCCUGUCCCUGCCCGAGGCUCAGACGUAGAGGGCGCCCUCUGCUGGACAGGCCCUCUCAUAGCACUACCGUCAGUCUGACUGUAAAUACAGUGUCACCUGCUUCCUGUCCCUACUGCCUGGCAGCUGAAAAGGGGGAGUUAUUAAGAGUAGGUUGGUUAUUAUUAUUAUUAUUUUUAUUAUUAAAUGAGUUGACUGUUUUUCCCCUUUGGUAUUGCACAAGAAAAAGUUUAAUGAAAGAAAGUGUGCAGGUCUAAUAUUCUAUAUUUUUCAGUUUUAUCACUUAAAUAAAGUGGAUUUGCGAA